AUGGUUUCUAAAAGCAAGUCAUCUACUCCAACGGUGGCUGAUUCGUCACAUCCCGCCAAUUCGCUUUCGUUCGGAAACGAUGACCAGAUUUCCGCCCUCUCCAAACUUCACCCUACUCUUCUUGCCAAUCAACAGGACGAGUACAACACAGACACACUAAAUGAUCUCAGAGCUUCGUACAAAUACCUCUACGUCGUCAACUGGCUCUAUCAUUUUCGAGGAUAUAUCAAAUUGCAGCUGGACCUCUUUGAUGUUGACUUAUUUGAGUUGGAAUUGUUGAACUACUUCCCUCUGACCCCUAACCACUUACUCAACUUCGAUCCCGAAGCUUCGUCCAACGCUGCAAGUUCUUCGAUGCUCUUUAUCAAUCGCUUGAAGUUGGCCCUUAUCUCAACUCUUCAGAACUCCAAACUCUCGUCGUUGAACAACUUCGAAAAGAUCUUCCGUCUUUGGUUUGGCACAGACACACCCCUUGGUGGAACAGAAGAUCUUGACGAUGAACAAAAUGAAAAUACAGAAAACGGACCCACAAAACCUACAGCCGAGGAUGACAUAGAGUUUGAUACUUUGUCCAUUUCCGACAAGUUUGAGGUAUUGUAUAUUUUGAUAUCAUAUAUCUCGUCGUACUCCAAGUUUCGGGACUGGGUGGAUAAGUGGGGACUUUCGGCCGAAAACUUGCGAGUUAACUCACUUAUAGCCGACCCUCAUAAUACCGACUCGUACUAUCUUCUUUUCGACAGCAACAGGCUCUAUAAACGUGUAGUGCUGUACCCGCAACUUGUAAUUCCUAAGAAGCGGAAGUCAGCUCCAGAGUAUCCUGAGGGCCACUUUAAGCCAACACAAUUUGAUAUUUCGAAAAACAUCAAGUUCGAGUUAUUGUACAAGAACAUUUACGAGUUCGACGAGUUUCUCAAGCGUCUGAAGAAGAGUGUCAAGCUCAAGGCGUUGGUUAACAGAUUGCAUCAGAACGAUGUUGUAGAUGCUAUUUUUGCCAGCGAAAUCAAAAAGAGAAAGUUCCUAGUCAACAAGCGUAAGGAAGUACAAUUAGCUACACUUUUGGCAACAAGGAAAAGAUCUUCUAGAUUGGAAGCAAAGGAAAAACAAAGGCAAGAAGAGUUGGAAAAGCAACGUGAACAAGAAGAAUACGAAUUGAAGUUGGCGGCGGAAAAGAGAUUGGAAAGAAGAAGAAUUUUUAAAGAGCAACAACAGCGACUCAUAAAUGAAGGGCAGCGGACUGAUUUCGGUUUUGGGUUGACUAGAGAAGAUAGAAUCAAACUCAGAAGACUUGAUAAAACACCUACUUUCACACCAACACCAAACCCUGCAGAAGCUAGCGAAACUGCGGACUCAGUUGAAUAUGAGACUGUUAAGUCAGAAGUAGAACAAGAGUUUUCGGAAACUGCCAAUGAAACAGCUGCAUUAGCUGCCACAGAAGCGACAAAGGCAACUACGGAAGAUUCUAUUGAGGCGACUUCAGAAGUUGCUGUGGCGCAAGCGGGGCCAGUAAAGGAAGAAGUACGGGAAGUUACAGGCGUGACACCUGAAGAUAAAAACGAAGCAAAUGCCUUAGAAACUUAA